CGCUGUGAGAGAGCGUCACGGCAAAAACGCCGAGGCGUGGCGGUGCCGAGUCGACGGAAACGAAGGCAGCCUCGCACGGUGACAGAAGCGGUGCCCGAGGCAGCCCCGGAGAAGAAAAGGGCUGCGCACGUCCGGUUGAGCCACAGAGCAAGGAACGGCAGUAAACCAUGGGCCGCAAGCGCGAGAAGAAGGACAGGGCGCCGCAGCGCAACAACUACAAGGCCGAGGACCUCCUGCGCAUCUGCUACCCGGACAACGAUGGAGGCGACGAGGUCACCGUCAACACGCGGCGCCUCGCCGGCUCGCUCCCGCGCCCGGUGCCGCCCAAGAUGGACAACCGGCCCAUCGUCCAGCCCGGCGACCAGUGGUCUGAUGAGAACUGGCUCAAGACCGAGCUGGAGAAGAUGGAUUUGAAAUUGGAAAGCCGGUCGAUCUCGCGCGGCCUCUCGUGCAUGCGGUCCACGGUCUUUGAAGAAGACGAAGGACCUCUAUCAGACGAAGAGGAGAAGACCGUCCCGAAGAUCGAGCUGACGGCCGAACAGAAGAAGCAGCUCAAGGCUUCAGCUAGAUUAAUGACGCACUACACGGGCGUCGCGGGCACCACAAAAAAGUCGCUGCAGCAGCGUCAUACCUUGGUGCACUACGAGCCCUUCGUGACGGCCAUGGGGAAGUUGGGGCGGGCGGCCGUCAUGUUCAACGGGGAUAGUGCGGAUGGUGGCUAUUCUCGAGCGUUGAAUAGCGAGGUGAUGACGGCAUCCAGACUAAACACGUUUUUGACGCAGUGCUUCAACGUCAAGCUGACGGCCGAGGAGCUGGGAGCUACCAUGCGCUGGAUGGACUACGACGGGAACGGGACCAUCGAUGGCUCUGAGUUUCUGCGCGAGUUCUGGAAGUUCGGGGCCGUCGAACAUUUGCGGAGCCAGCGCGAGGCGCGGCGGCGCGAGAAGGCCCAAGCGCGGCAGCAGCGCGCGGCGCGAGCGGACUGGAUGACGCGGUUUAGUACCGUAACGCCGGCGACGGUCACGCCGACGUUCACGGAGCGCGAUUUGCGGGAGGCCGAGCAGCUCCUCGCGAACGCGGCCGCGGAUUUAGAUAUGGGUUCCGUCCACUCGCGCAUGAUCCGCGACCAGGUCUUUGACGGCGCGCCGAUGACGCCGGCCCAGCUUGCGACGGCACUGCAAAGGAACUUUAGGGUUACAUUGGAUCCUCCCAGACUCGCGGCCAUCGUGGGCAUCCCGUGUGGAAAUUUGUAACUGCAUCUGCUCGACGGCGUUGAUUUCCGCACAGGUGGGCACCUACGACGACGACGGCAACGGCACCAUCGAGGGGUCGGAAUUCUACCGCCAUUUCGUCAAGCUAGGGGUCCGGGAGCGGCGGCGGCGCCGCGACCGCCACGCGCAGGAGCUCGAGGACCGGCGGCGACGAGGCGAUAAACUCAGCGAGGAGUGCCAGCGCAAGUUCAACGCCGCGGAGCGCGUCACCGACGUCGUCUUCCCCGAGGAGGUCAAGCGGCGGCAGCGCCGCGCACGAAAACAGGGCCUCACCUGGACCGAGCCGGUCCAGAGGCCGGGGCGCGACGAGCGGUCCGUGCCGGACCCGUCGCGCGGCGCGACGCGCGGGCGCGCGCCGAGGGUCCUCGUGGCCUAGCACCCCGAAGAAGAAUUCCCCUUGCCCCCAUGACUCAUAAGGACUCACAACAA